GGAGCUUGCUGCCGCCGCCUCCUUUGCCUAUUCUCCUCCCAGCGCGCAAGCAGUCGUCCAUCCCAGCCCCUGUGAGGGAGCCUGGCUGGCUGCUUGGCUGGUUUGGGAGCCGGGCGGCGCGGUGCCCAGGCUGGAAGGAAAGGGGCUCCGGGUCCUCGCCCUCACCCCUGACUGCCUGAAGCCCUAGUAAGUGAGCGAGGCUCUGGCUGAGGGGGAAGCGGUGGGGCAUAGCAGGAGUUGGAUCACUUGACUGAAAAGGAUUACUUCGGCUAUUAUCAAAGCUGUGUUUAACCACUGUUUUGGAUGAGCCCUCUUUGCACCAUAUCUGGAAUAUUCUGGCCUGAACAUACUUUUAAGGGAGUAACUUAUCUUCUGCAGCUACUGGCCCCAGAACAAUACUUUUUUUUCUGUCUUUAAUUCCUGCAAACACCAGUGUGAGUCAAGAGAAGUUGGGGAGUGGCUGAGAGCUAUCCCUGAAACUCUGGCAACAUGAAAGAAUGUCUCCAACAUGACUAUAAGCCAAGAGGUUCAUGUUGGGGAGGGGUCUGAAACGUAAGCUGAGUGAUUAUGAAGAGAACAUGGCUGGUGUGUCAAGUGCCUUCGAUUCCAGUCGAAACCUGCCAUAUCCACUCAAGAGGCAGCUUGUGCUCAAUGUGUGCCUCACCAAACUACAGACUUAUAAGAUGCUGGCGGAGCCAAACUUGCACCGCUCUGUCCUUAUAGCCAACACAGUCAGGCAAAUCCAGGAGGAGAUGAGGCAAGAAACUAGCCAGCAGCUCAUUCAUAUGUGCAGUGGCCUCAGCACCAGCCCUUCAAGUUACCUAGGCUUGGAUUUGUUUGGAAUGCCUUCACACUUUUUCCCAGGCAUUAAUCAGCAAGAGUCGAAUGGUCAUGAAACACGGUCUGUGGAAGGCCCAAUUGAAAAUAGCUUGCUGAUGGUUUCAGAUAAUGACAUGUCAUCUGCCAUUUCGUCUAUUCUGAAAGACUUGGACUUCAUGGAGGAUGUGAGUCCACCUACUUACCUGGCUGGAUCUGGAGAUGAUCAGUUCAAGACUUCUGAAACUCCAGGUUUCAGGUUGGAAGAUGAUAGACAAGACUUGAAGGGAGUAGAAUGGGCAUUUGGUUCCUUUGAAAUUUCAAAUUCAACUAGUUACUUGAAAGACUUAGCCAUCGAUGACAUUUUUGAAGAUAUUGACACUUCAAUGUAUGAUUCAGACUUUGACUGUCCCUCACUAACUCCUCCAAGAGCAUCAUCUGUGGCACCCACAGAAGAGAUCUUGAAAACUUUCCCUUCUUGCAAUUCCUCCUCGGCAAGUAACAUCCCGAUAUGUCGAAGUGAUCUCAGUGAUUUGGACCAUAUCAUGGAGAUUCUCGUAGGGUCAUGAUACUUUUUUAAAAAAAUCCAAAGAUACUUUUCCUAUGCUGGCACGCAAUGCUGGUUUGAAGAUAAAACCACAGAGGGAGGAAAUGAGCUGCAAAGUGUAAGGCCAGAGGCAGCUGGAAACAUUAUCCUUGAAUGGUUCUCAAAACCUCGCCAAAACUCAAAUAUAAACCAAAAAAAAAAAAGUGGCAGGCUGUUAUGUAAAACGGAGUAUUUAUUAAACCAAUUGUGCAAUUUUUUUAUCCUGGGGUAUAUGCAAGGAAUGUCUCCUGCACAUUCCCCUUAUUCCCACAGAUCUCACUUUUUUAAAUGUGCAAUUUUUAAUCUGUCUGAAGGAUUUGCAUAACAGUAAUUUCCAUAAGGGGAAAACAUCUUCUAAAGUCUAAAGAUUCUAUUUUUAAUGUCAGACUACAUGCUGUGUUGGCAUUCACUAGAGUUGCAUACUUGGAUUUGCAACUUUGGUAAAAACAUAUAUUUUUAAAAUAUUUAAAUGACUACAGAUCUCUUCCCUUUUGUUGAAGGAGCUUCAAGAUGCUUGGCAGCAAAAUCCCUUGCAUUUUGUAAAGCAUUAGAAACUAUUUUUGUAAAAUUUUAUAGUCUUUUUACAAUCUACUACAAGCUCCAUCAUAGUUUAGAGAUAACGAAAGAGGCAGGGCAAAGCACUGAUCUGGUUGGAUGUGGCUGGCACUACCUCUAUAAGCAGCAAUGCUGUAACUCUUUCCAGUGCUUUGUCUAACGCUGCAGAUCUUUUUGUUUUCUUGAGUGGUAUUUGUAGUGGCAUAAACAAGAAACGUCUCAGCAAUGUGGCUGAUCUGUGAAAUUUUAUGGUAUUUAAAGAUACACAUUUACAAAUGUAAUUUAUAUGUAGAUUGUCCAAUUUUAAACUUUGUCAGUAUUACAUGCUUCAAUUUUGGGGUAAUAUGGGUUUUUUAAAUUUAAUAUUUACUGUAUAAAUAGAACUAUUUUAACUCUUUGGAGAAUAUUGUAUCUCUGCAACACGAUUUUUAGAUUUUAUGUGCAAUAUAUAUCACUUAAGCAGAACAUUUUUGCACACCUUGUAUUUUAAAGUAAUGCAUCGAAUCCAAAUGGCAGGAACAAAUUCAAAAUACCAGAGAUGUACUGUGUGCACUCAGGCUGCUGGCAACUUUGUCCUGUAGGAGUUGGAUGGGACUUGCGUAAGAGCACCCUUAACAAAGUAAAUUCUCCCCUUUCAUUGAGAGGAAGGGGGGGAGAAUUUACUUUAUUAAAGAUGCUCAUCACUGAUUGUAAGCCUUUCAUGGCGGUUUUUACUCUUCUCUCACAGGAAGUGCUAAUUGUUGGUACAGAGCAAAUCUUAAGAUCACCCCAUCGGAGGUUUAGGAAUUUGCAGGGCAGUGAUUUCACUGCAAAUUGCAAAAGCCUGUUUUGUUUUAUAUGUAUCAGGACACAUGUAUCCUGGCAGUGCCCACCAUGACUGAGGUCUGCCCCAGCUUGUAUUGGGUGCCACUGAAAAGGCCUCUUCUACAUUACUGUUGGUACAAUCACCAGUCAGUUCCACUUUCCCCACAGCCUUAGCAGACGGCACUGGGAAACUUCCUUUUGGGGUUGAGUAUCUUUUAUUUUCUCAUAAUGCAAUGCCAUAGUAGAGCACCUGAUAUGGCAGAAGGGUGCAUUGUGUCUGUCUGCAAGGAACAAGCAGGUCAAAGCCUCACUGUGCAAAGAGAUAAUAGGUGUAGCAGAAAGAAUACAAACAGGAUAGGAAAUACUGAACUGGUGGGAUUUUUUCCUUCCACAAAUUGAAGAGAGAUCUGUUCCCAUAUCAAUUUCCAUCCCUCCCAUUCCUCAAACCUAUCAAGAGCCAAUGGUGUCUUCCUGAAUAUCAAAAGCAAAGCAUCCCAUCCUGUUCUCUUAGCUUCCAAAAGGUUAAGACAAAUUUCAGAAAGGCAGAGCAGAUCUUAAUAAAAGUCUGCCCCCUACUGGAACUCUGAUAAUACUAAUAAGUAAUUAAUACGUUUUGAGGAAAUGCAGCAGCUUUCCAUCACUGGCUGGAGCAGAGCAGCCACCUGGUUCCAAAAGGAAGUGCACAAGAGCUGCAGGGAGAGCAGGCCUGGGCAUCACCAGCCAACAUUUGUCACUUGCAUUUCUCUUGCCCUAACCGCACUCGAUUUGCUGGAAUGAUUGCUUUUCUUCUUCCCGUCCUCAUCCUCCUGCUGUUCUCUUAAUCAUAAUAAGCAAUAUGAUUGUGGAUAUAAAUCUGCUGUGGUGGAAAGUUUGUUCUGAGCUUAACAGCAAUGCAUUUUGGGAUGAAGGGAAAUGGUGGUUAGCAAAUAUCACAGUAUGUUUCUAGCAUAAAUGCCUUUCUUAUAAUGCAGUGUCGUAGAGCAUCUGUCAUGGCGCAAGGGUGCAGUAUGUCUGUCUGAAUGAAACAAGCUUAAAUGUGGAUAAAAUUGUCCAGAUGUGGCUCUGUUAGUAAUAUCGCUACUGAACACAGUUGUGUGUGUCAAACUUGCUUUGCUACCCAUUUAAUACUUCCAUUUUAUUGUUCACAGGAAAUCCACCAAGCUUCAGCAGAAUUUUUUUUAAAAGAAAAUAGAACCUUAUUUGUUUAAUCUCCAAAAAGAUUAAAUACUCAGUCUUUGGUUUUAAACAUGGAACUAUUCAAUUUUUUUAGUCCUGGUUUUCUGCCUUCCAUUUGACUCUCCUCAUAACUGAACCAGUUCCCAAAACUAAUGCAAAUUGAAUCUGUUGUGGUUUUUUUUGGCCCAAGUACAUAGUUUGGCAGGAAAAAUCUAUGUAAAAAACCAUGCACGUAGAUCUUAAACCAUGGCAGUAGACUUCUUGGCAAAAUAUUUGCCAUCUUUGAUGUAAAGGGAUUGGGUAUAAAGAAUGUACACAGAUUGUGCAUAAACGCUUAUUUGUAUGUAUAAAUAUGAAUCUUGAAAAUGGUAAGGGCCUUCUGCACUGUGAUGAAGCAGAAUUGUGGUUAAAAGGAUAUUUUUUAAAAUUCCUGUGAUAAUAAAUAU